UAUUGAAAACACAUGGUUAUUGAGCGAGAAUUUUGUCCUUUAAUUUGUUUGCUAAUUUUUUGGUGUUUAAGAGUAUUAAUUUAAGGUUUAAUUGUUUACUAAAAGUUGUCAUUUAAUUUAUUUGACUUCCCAUUUGCUCUAUAAUCAUGUCUAAUUUAAUCAAUCAAAAAAUUUUAAGCUCUUGCUUGAAAAAUACUUCUUUAAAAUACGGUGCCACAUUGAAAUCCAACGGUUCUUUGAUUAAUGGCUCUUACAUGACGCCCGUUAAUCAACGGUUCUUAUUUACUGCCAACUAUUUAGGUGUUGAUACAUUUGAGAAUCAACGAACCAAAGUCUCUGGUCAAUUUGGUCAUUUAAAAGACAACUUGAUUGAACGUAUGAAGUCUACUAUUGAAGGUAAAAAUAAGAUGAUCUUUUCGGAAGAUCUCAAAAAUUCCAUUUUUCUGGUAUCUAAUGAACCUGAAGAUGUUGCUUUGUUAAAGCAAGUUAUUUCAAAAUAUACUGAACAGACUAAUGACAUCAAUUUUUCUACCUAUCAAUUUGGACCUGUGGUUAUGAGGCUGUUAUAUUUAUUCGGAGACUCUGAAUUAGCUUAUAACAUGUUAAUGGAUGAUAAGUACAAAGAAUUUUUUAAUCAAGAACGAAGCUUUUUGAUAACUAUGGAUCUUUGCUGGGAGCAAGGAAAGUACCAGCAAAUAUUAGAUUUAUAUGACCGAUUUCGAAAUCUUGAGGGAAGGCCAAAUAAAUAUCCUAGAGACGUGAUUACUUUAGUGGCUGCAGCAUGCUACAAAUUGAAUACACCGGAAGCUUUUAAAUACUGUUUGAAUCUGUUUGUUGAGAUUCGAGAAUCGAAGACUCGAUUGACAAGACGAGCGAUCUCCUUUUUUUCAGCUUUAGCUUUGAAACAAAAUGACCCAGAAGUUGCACUCGAAAGUCUCACUCUGGUUGAUGCUCCACCUAACAGUGCUGUUCUUUUGAGUAUUAGAAUCAUGGCUCUUGCUUCACUGAAGAGAAUUGAUGAUAUUCUGUAUAUUAUCAGAAAUAUUAUCAAUCGCGGUCGUCCAAUCGAAAGAGCUAUUAUCAUCGCAGAAGCGGUUGAAAAGGUUGAUUCAGCUGUCGAAGCUUCAGAAAAUUCUGAAUUGAGAAAUGAUUGGGAAAAUAUCAAGAGAGCGCUUGAAGAAAACAAACUGAUUCAAGAGAAUUCAUUAGAGCCAAUCAUUUGUAAUCCAAUCGAAAGAACAGUUAGAAAUGACCAACCAUUCAGACAAGGAGCUGGAGGCUAUGGACAAGGGUCUAGAGGCUAUGGACAAGGGGCUGGAGGUUAUGGACAAGGAUCUAAUAAUUAUGAUCAGCAGAGAGAUAACAGAUUCCGGGGACCUCGUGGAAAUCAAAAUUCUGGAGGUGGUUAUAGGAGAAAUGAUAACUAUGGAGAUCAGAGACGUCGCAAUUAUGAUUCCCGGUUCAGAGAGGAAGACGGAUCUAACUACCAACAAUAAUAGCACCAAAGCAUUUAGAAGCAUUUAGUUUAAAAUCCUAACUUUGCUGAUUAUUUAGCAAUUUUUCUAACUUGAAAUAGCAAAAAAAUUAGAUUAAGUCAUUUCAUUUCGUCAAUCUCAGAAAUACCUAAGAUUGAUUUUUUUUGUAUUGUAUAAAUACGAUUACUGAUAUUAUAACAUAAAAUUUAAAUUCUUUAGUUAACA